GCGAUGGCGGUGACAAUAGGCUGCAUAUUGGGAUUGGCAGUGAUCGAUUUAUUUUUCUUUAGAUGAAGUUAUUGAAGAUCGAGCUUCGUUUGUGCGGCUGGGUAUUUCAUGGAAUGAGUGGAAUACAAGGGCAGUGGUGUGCGGUUUUGGUUUUGUGAGCGAAGAAACACGAGGCAACAUGAUAGAGUUUUAUUCUGCACCUCGGACAUGGAUUUCAAUGGCAAAGGAUAGGGUUUUAGAUGAAUUUUCCAGGGGUUGAAAUUCACUUCUACCAUACUACAGCAGUUCGCCCUCCUCCAGAACCACUUCCGUGCGAAGAAGCAAUUUGGGGAAAGCUUUUAUUUUUGUAUUAUUUUUCCUUUCGUAGUACUUAUUUUUAUUUCAAUUCGAGCAGGGAUGGUUGGAGCAUUUUGAUUUUUGAAGAACUUUUGAUUGGCAGUACUUCAUUUUCGAUCGUUUUAGGCUUCUUCUUGCCCGUUUUGUGUCUAGCGAGUCAAGUUGCUUUGUAUGGGUGGCUGACUCUAACCCUAUUCCUAGGGCUUACGAUCAUAUCUGUAAUAGCUGUCUGAUUUUGUCUUGCAUGUUUGCUCUAUAUUAAUUGAAAAACCCUUUAA